AUGGGAUUCUACAAGCUUUCCUUCAUAUUCCUUACGGUCCAGCUCAGUGGUUUGGCAUCUUCUAUACGUCUCGCUCAUCGUGAUCUCAAUGCGGACUUCUUGCCAUGCUACGACUACAUUAUUGCUGGAGGCGGUGUUUCUGGACUUGUCCUUGCCAACAGAUUGUCAGAGGAUCCUGAUGUAACAGUUCUGGUCAUUGAAGCUGGUAAUCUGUAAGUUUUUGUCAACUUUGUCGCUUGGCUGCUGUUAACAAUGAACAAGGGAUAAUGAGGAAGAUUUUAUCAUGUACCCUUUUGAUGAUGGAGAAGGUCUUGGAUCAAGUUAUGACUGGAAUCUUUGGUCUGCACCCCAGACAUCUCUUGAUGGCUCUUCCAGGCCAAUUGAUCUCGGAAAAGGUGUGGGGGGUGGCAGUCUCAUCAAUGGCAUGUGCUGGACUAGAGGUGCGAUCGCCGACUAUGAUGCCUGGGUAGCUCUUGGAAACCCUGGAUGGGGAUGGAAUGAUCUUUUACCAUACUUCAAAAAAGUAAGAUCUCAUCUAGUUCGUGCUGAAAUCUGGCUAACCGUAUGUUCAAUCAGACCGAGAAGUACACCCAUGAUGUCGAUGCAGCUUUUGCCCACGAGCUAUAUGUGUAUCCGGAUGCUUCGACGCAUGGUACCACUGGAUAUAUCGAUGUCUCGUACCCAAAAUACUUCUAUCCUCAGUCUAGUAAGUUACCCUAGCAUUCUCACCACACACGACGAACUAUGACCUAACAAUGCACCAGAAUUAUUCCUUGAUGGACUACGAGAGCUUGGAAUCCCCACCCUGCUCGACCCAAACAAUGGUACAACUGCUGGCGGAAUGUUGAUACCAAAUAGCCUUUCACCCGAUAACCAAACACGUUCUGAUGCGAGGCGUGGUUAUUAUGACGGUUUUAUCAACCGUACAAACCUACACGUUGCCACUGGCCUUGUUGUCAUUAGAGUUUUGAUGGACUCAGCUCCUCCAGAGGUUCUUACCCGGGACCUUCCAGACGGCCAGUGGAUUACUGGUAUUCAGGUAAUAAAAUUACAUUGAGAGGCUAGCCUGAAAGUCUCGGCUCACAUUAUCCAGGUUGCACCUUCUCUCAGUACGGUCGUACGUGAAAUUUCAUGCUCACGAGAAGUCAUACUCGCAGCAGGAAGUGUUCACACUCCUCAAAUACUUGAGCUCUCUGGCAUCGGCCAGUCAUAUAUACUUGAACAACUCGGCUUGCCUGUACAGAUCAAUUUGCCAGGAGUGGGAGAGAACUUCCAAGAUCAUCCAUACGUUGGUGCCGUAUACUACUGUAAGUGCUCUUCUUCCCUUUCACAGUAACUCUAACAGUGCUAGAUUCUAAUUCCAGCUACCCAACCAUUGUUCAAAUAGACAAUGACCAACGGCUUCUCAGUCAAGCAGAGCAGGAAUAUUACGUUAACAAGACCGGUGGGAUUACCCCCCUAAUGCUAAGCUGAGCACUAACGAUUUUAGGGCCCUGGACUGCCGGAGCAAUUAAUACAGUCGCUUUCCCAUCACUAUCCCAGAUUACUUCAAAUUGGACUAACAGAAUUGCCGAUGCCGAGAAACAAGGUGUAACGGACUACUUAGUGCCGGGCCUGGAUGCGAGUGUUGUCUCAGGAUAUGCUGCGCAAAAAGACCUUAUUGUUAAGCUUCUUAACCGCUCUGAUGUCAGUGCUUACGAGCUUCUCAAUGAUAAUGAAGGACUCCUUUCAGUUGCUGUAAUGCAUCCUCUAUCCAGAGGAAGUGUUCAUAUUACGACGGAUAACCCAUAUGUACCACCCAAUAUCGACCCACGCUACUGUUCAAAUCCACUCGAUCUUGAGAUAUUGACGGACGCUCUUAUGUUCAACAACAAAGUUGUGAACACUAAUUCGAUGAAGUUAUUGCAACCGAGACCUUACUAUCCGUUUCUUCCUGAUGCCACACCAGAAACCCUAAAACCUGCAAUUUAUUCGGGUGUAAGAACAGAGUUUCAUGGUUCUGGUUCAACUUCCAUGAUGCCACGCGAGCUGGGAGGUGUGGUAGAUCCAGAUCUUCGGGUCUACGGAACCAAAAAUCUUAGAAUUGUCGAUGCUGGCAUCAUACCAAUGCUUCCCGCCUCCCACCUACAAGCACCAGUCUAUGCCAUUGCAGAAAAGGUAAUAUGCUUCCCUUGUCAUCCGGCUUUUAUCCUUGCUGACUCAAUACUAGGCUGCUGAUACUAUAAAGCGUGACAACUAUGGAUUAUCUCCUAAAGGGUGUGGUAAAAGCUCUUCAUUUGCACGCCCUGGUCCAGUCUUGUCGAAUUUGACAAUCAAUUCUUUGAAAAUAUCCGCCUCAAAUCCGGUACCAAGUUCUACAACCCCACAAAUUGUGCCAUCACUUUUAGCGUCACCUUCCCCUUUGUCAUCCUUCCACGUCAUAUCACCUCUGGCGGGCUUUCCAAUCCCUGGACCACAAGUAGAGAAAAUUUCCACCCAUCCAUUUAUGUCUAACUUGGGAAGCUCGGCAAUCAGCGCAUCAGCACUACUGCCUGUUAUACAAGGCUGGAAUGAUUCUUCUCAAUCAGCCCAUGAAAUGGGAACAACUAUAGUUGGAACGCCAAUUAGAAACUCCGUAGCUCAAUCGACCGCGACGACUCUUUCUGUUGGUGCCGAUAUUGGAAGUCCGGCCCUUAGAAACGCUUCGGAGAGUGCCUUCAUGUCACCUGGAACUGCAAGUGUACAUAUUGCCCCUGUGCCAACACCACAUGCAAGCACUUCCGCCACCACGUCUGUUGUAGCAACAUCCAUUAUCGACAUCAAAUCCACUUCCAAACUUUCAACUUCAAAUAUAGAUGUUCAAUCAAAAACCAUUAACAAGGGUGCUCCAGCUCCUGCACCAGAUUCAACAACCUCCGCGUCGCCAUUUAUACCAACUACGACUCUUCAGGCUGUACAAACUACGCAUCUCUCGCCGGCAAGUCAAACAUCUCAGUCAAUUACCACCAGUCAGAACGCAUUAGCAGAUGUGGCAGCUGUAUUUGGGGCAAAGUUUGAGCAGAUAGCUUCAACUCUUGUUCCUACUCAUGUAGCAGGUACAGACGUACCGACACCUAAAAUCACGUCUCCUGCUCCUGUGCUCGAUAUACUUCCGGCACCAGCAUUAAUGUUCAAAACGAUGGAACGUUCUGAUUUUCAUAUGGUAGCUUCAAUGCUGGAAGUCAAGUAUGCAACAGUAUCGACGGAUCAAUUACAUGGUUGA